GUAUACAGUAGUACUGUAGUACAGUGGUAGUAAAUACACAGCCCUCUGUUUUUCUAGAAGUCUACAUUUACUACAGACAGUUCCAGUUUUGCGUUUUGACACUUGGGUGCUUGUAAUUGUAACCAAAAAACCUAAAACUGCAAACUGAAAAGUUCAUAAGAGUAUAAAUUUUACGUACUCAUCCGUCCGCCUGACAGUGACUACCUAUCACGAUCAGUGUAGACUUAUUCUCAUAAUAUAAGUUUACUUGGAUUGCUCAUUGCCAUCAAUUUCACUACAGUCAAUUGAAUACAUGGUUCAACAGCGACCUGACCCCUCGAUAGUUUAAAAGGAUUUACGGACGACGUUACUAAUUAAAGCCCUGAUAAGGUUUUUAUUGAGCCUUCAUAUGCAUAAAAUCGCUUUACGCAAAAGAUUCCAAGCAUUGGAAUCUGCUUACUGCAGGGCGCGGAGUUGGCCACUCGCUAUGUCCGGCUGACCUCUGGCUGCGCUGCAUCCGUUAUCAACCGGCGGCUUUGCCAUUUGGUAUCGUUACUUGAGUUGCCUAACUGCCUACCAGUAAAGACUACAAGCUUGUCCGGAAAUUCGAAACUUAAAUUAAAGCUACAGCUGGUGUGCACUGAGCGCCACGUUCCUGAGAAGUGGAACGACUGCCAAUCUGCCACUGCACUAAAAUAUGUUGAUAUUUGGCAUUUACCAACCAUGCCCCAGCCAAAAGCAAUAACCAGCAGACAAUGUGGUGUAUCGGUAUGACUAUGGAGCGUUUGCCCUUAGUGAUGCCACAAUUUCAGCCGAUCUUGGCUGAUGCCAACCAGAUCAGUUACCGGAACACCGUGGCUGUUCACAAUGCUGACAAUAGCUGGUGGUUGGGAUACCUCCAGGAUAUGGACGGCGACCAGGCCUUCAUCCACUUUGACGCCAAAAACGUCACUGACCGCUGGGUGCACAUGGGAUGCGUCUGGCCGCUACAGUUCUACUGGGACGACAACCGGUUGACAUCAUCGCAUUCGAUCGGUAUGCGAAUCUAUGCGGCACUUCGUGACGAAGAUGACGGACCCUUUCAGUUUCGACCGGUCACGGUGGUGGACAGAUUGCGUGGAUGUGAGAAGAUGUCGGAAGUGCUGUACGUCCAAACCCAUGCAACCGCAGUCAAUGGUAAGAGAGGCAGCGUUCGCCUGGCGCUGGUGCAGAACUGCCAAAUUAGCAAACAGCUGCCGCCCGCUGAUUCCCCGUUACUUCAUCAAUCCAGGCGCGGUCCGUUAUGUUCCAAGUUCCUGGUGGCGUUUCCCGGCGCCCAGGCGCUUCUGAAUGACGCCUCCGAUAAAUUUCGCAUCAUCAUGCAUUUUCGCAAACUAUUUCUAAUCCCACCGUUUUGUCGGUCGUUGUACUGCUGUGACGUUCACGCCGCCGGUCAAUUUAAAAUCGGCAAGCUUUUGGGCGAAGCAGCGGAUCGCCAAGGGGAAGGGGGAUUAUAUUACAGCGAGUGGAGCGAUUGUCGCUUUCAUCUGCGCAUUGAACGGGAUGGUUGUACGUUUGUUAUUAUGAGUCCGGCAAUGGGCGCGGAGAUGGCACAGCACAUGAGGGGGACACUGACGGAAGUGCUGGAGACGCAUCUGGCCAGUCGGGCGCAUUUCCCAUCGAUCCGUUCCCGAAAUCUAGAUCACCAUGGUCUGCAUUCUUUGCACGACAAAGAUGCGGAAAUCGAUCCAGUAUGCACGGGAAUGAACCUGUGUCACCUGCCGCCGUACCUUCAGAGCGAAAUAUUCCCCCAUAUGGACUUACAUUCACAAAUGCGAGCGAAACGGGUAUGCGCCUUGUGGCAGCUGCUGCUGAGUAGUCCCCGCCUGACCGAGCACAUCAGCAUCGCACUGGACAGCUGUGCCAGAUAUCAUUCGGACAACAGCAGCAAUUGUUUCCGUGCGGCAUCGCUCUUGAACCGCACCAUCAACACAACCACCGCAACUCUCACCGUACUGGGUGAAUUCCUUCCCCACAACUUCCUGUUUCUAAGCGAAGUAUUGCGGGCCAUGAAGAUUACGCUGCGCUUAAUUGUUUUCAAAGACCAUAUUAUCGCGGGUCGUGGAGGGAAGUGCGAUCAGUACUCACUCUCCGCUCACCCGGCAACUAGCGUCAUAACAUCGUAUAAGAACAUUGGCGACUUCAUUCUGCUACGUAACUGUCAAGUAGACCAUCUUUUUAGUGAAACUAUGUGGUACGUGUUUGAAUGGUUUCGCCUGCCCCUGCCAGCGCAUGAGAGGUCAUUCAAGAGGAAUCUUCUUAAGGAUUAUCAGGAACGGCGCGAACUCCCCAUCGACCAGCUGCGCAUUACUAUUCCGCAGCUUCUGCUGCGCUGCGACGAAAGCGAAAUGCUCAUGGCCAGCCGCGUGAUGUGCGCCCUGAACGACAACUUUCCGCCGGUCAAGGAAGAUAUGCUACAAAAGGUCACGGCUGUGCAUGCCCGCUGGGUGCGCACCCUGUGCUAUCCGGACGAUUGGCAGGCGAUUCGUAAUUAUCUCAUUCUGUUCAGUCCAUUCAACCUCACCGGCCGACCACAAAAUUGGGUGAAAGUCGACCUGCGGCUGGUGAAUGUCAGAACACUCUCCAGAAUGGCCAUUUACGGAAUCGACGCAGUAUUUCAAGUGUGAUACUCUGCACCGUCGCAAUCUCUCGCUCUGGACGGGGUACACAUCGCAGUCCACAUUACCAACAGUGCUGGAGAAAUUCAGAUCAUUUGGACUGGCAACACAUACACGCUGCAUCAAUUUUGGGAAUAGUGGAAAGAGCAGAAAAGUUUAACACACGUUUAACAGUUGAAAGAUUUAAUGUUGUAAAAAUUUGCUACAUUUUCGAUUAUUGCUUAACACAGGUGAAGAAAAUCGAGCCAUUUUAGUUUGGCGGGGACAAAGCAUGCGAUGUCUGCGUGAUAACUGGAACCAAACCUUGAAUUCAGAUAUGUUGUGUCUACGGAAAGCAUUGGGUACUUAGAUUUUCUCUUAGAUCUCAUGAAGAACAGCCUAUUUGGUUUUGAAUUUGUUGAUAUUUGUUCUCAUUCGUUUGAUAUGUCGGUUGAUGUUUUUCGUUUGGAAAACUAGCAAGGUGCAAGCGUUAACAACAACAGGCCGAUGGCCAGCUGGAAGUGGCUGUU